AUGAACAUGAAGAAAAAGUACGGAGGAAAAAAGGAGAACAAGAAAGAAAAAGAUGCGGGCGUGGAGUGCGGGGUCGCCAAGGCGGAGGUGCAGCAGCUCCGGGUGCAGGAGGCGGUGGACUCCAUGAUGAAGAGCCUGGAGCGCGAGAACAUCCAGAAGAUGCACAGUGUCAUGUUCCGGUGCAGUGCCAGCUGCUGUGAGGACACCCAGGCGACCAUGCAGCAGGUGCACCAGUGCAUUGAGCGUUGCCAUGCACCACUGGCCCAAGCCCAGGCCCUGAUGACGGGGGAGCUGGAGAAGUCCCAGGACUGCCUGGCCCGGUGCACUAUGCUUUGCAACGACAAAGCCAAAGACUCAAUGGAUGCAGGGAGUAAAGAGCUUCAGGUGAAACGACAGCUGGAGAGUUGUGUGACCAAGUGUGUGGAUGACCACAUGCAUCUCAUCUCAACCAUGACCAAAAAGAUGAAAGAGUCUCUCUCAUCCAUUUCAAAAUAGAAGUCUGUGCCCCAGGCCAUGGAGACUAAGGGCAGGA